AUGAAGGCUUCAGUGACCCCGAUCUUGGGCGCGGCCCUCGCGGUGGUGCUGGUCUUCUUCUCGGGCGUUGCGGUUGCUGGCAUUCCUACCCCGACCGAGAACUGGUUCGAUCAGACCAUCGACCACUUCAACAUCGAGACCCAGCCCGCCACCUUCCGUCAGCGCUACCUCACCUUCUCCAACUACUGGUCGAGUGCCAAUCAUGGCGGGGAGCUGCGUCGCGGCCCCAUCUUCUUCUACACGGGCAACGAGGGCGACAUCACCGCGUUCUGGGACAACUCCGGCUUCGUGUUCGAGCUGGCCAAGUCCUACGGCGCGCUGGUGGUGUUUGGCGAGCACCGGUACUACGGCAAGACGUACCCGUUCGGGUCGGGCGGCCCCGACUCGUACUCGAAGGAGCACAUCGGCUAUCUCUCCGUCGAGCAGGCCCUCGCCGACUACGCCACGCUCAUCGAGCACCUCAAGUCCACCCUGCCCGGUGCUUCGCACUCGCCUGUGAUCGCGUUUGGAGGUUCCUAUGGAGGCAUGCUCAGCGCUUGGUUCAGGAUGAAGUACCCGCAGGUGGUCGACGGUGCGCUCGCGGCCUCGGCGCCCAUUCUCUGGAGCACCAACGUGUCCUCCGCCACCACCGGCCCCGACAGCAAGCGGCCGCCGGGCUACUUCGAGACGGUCACGAACGAUUUCCGGGCGGCGGACGAGCGGUGCCCCGGGCUGGUCCAGCAGGCCUUCGCCAAGAUGCUCCAGCUGGCGCAGACGCCCAGCGGUCUGGCCGCCAUCGCCAAGCAGUUCUCGCUCUGCAAGAACGUCCUGCCACACGAGGUCGAGCACCUCAUUCUCUGGGUCGUCAACGCCUUCGGUAACAUGGCCAUGAUGGACUAUCCGUACCCGACGGGCUUCAUGGCCCCGCUGCCGGCCUACCCCAUCAAGGUGGCCUGCCACCUGAUGCUCAACAACACCGACGACGUCCUGCGCGGCCUCGCCCAAGCCGCUGGCCUCUACUACAACAGCAGCAGCCCGCUGCAGUGCUUCAACAUUUGGGACGAGUUUGUGGAGUGCGCUGACCAGACCGGCUGCGGCACCGGCCCGGCGGGUCAGUCAUGGGACUACCAGGCCUGCGGGGAGAUCGUCUACUACCCCAACACCAACAACGUGACCGACAUGUUCCCGCCGCGCGACUGGACGCUGGCCGACCUCAACGCCCACUGCCAGCGCACCUGGGGCAUCACCCCGCGCCCCACCUGGCUCAAGACCUACACCGGCGGAGAGAACAUUCGGUAUGCGAGCCGCAUCAUUUUCUCGAACGGCCUGCUGGACCCGUGGCACGGCGGCGGAUUCCUCGAGUCCCUCUCCGACUCGCUGAUCGCGAUAAUCAUCAAGGAUGGCGCGCAUCACCUGGACCUGCGCAGCAGCGACCCUCGCGACCCGCCCUCCGUGGUGGAGGCGCGCAACCACGAGGCCCGCAUCAUCGGCAAGUGGCUCGCCGAACUUCAGGCCUAA